GACUAAGAGUCGCACUCGAACGGCGGCCAACCCUACACACAAACAAAAGACGCAGUCCAACACCAAAAACACGCACAAUCCUAUUACUUUGAAAUUGAUUUUGAAUUAAAAUCAUGUCAGCAAUUUUUAUUCCAACGGGCCUCACAAUCUCCAAACUUUGCAAUUCAGCGGACGGUAACAAUUCGUUGCAUCAUUGCACAAGCAGCAAUGCCUGUUUUGAAUUUAAAAUCUUUGCAGAGCUUACACCUUCGAAUCACCGGUCCUUUAAGAACGGCAAUCAAAAACUGUUCCGAGUGAAAUGCAGCGAGUCGGAGUCCGUGGCCAAAACGAUUUCGUCGUCAGAAGGUUUUGAGGGUACGGAAAUUGAUGGGAAUGGAGACGGCGGAGACGAUCUGUUUCCCCCAGGUGGUGGCGGCAGCGGCGGUGGUGGAGAAGAGGGUGAUGAUGAUGAAGAGGAGUUUGGGCCGAUAAUGAAGUGCGAGGAUGUUAUGAAGGAGGCAGAAAUUCGGGGUGCGAAUCUGCCACCGGAUAUGCUUGAAGCUGCAAAAACCACAGGGCUUCGGGAGUUGAUUCUUGCUCGUUAUUUAGAUUUUCAGGGUUCAGUUGGGCCAUUAGGAUUUCUUAUGAGACAUUGUUCGAUGCUUAGGAAUCGCAUGCUGGCAGAUCCGUCAUUUUUGUUUAAAGUUGGAACAGAGGUGGUAAUUGAUUCUUGUUGUGCGACAUUUGCAGAAGUUAAGCAAAGGGGAAAGGAUUUCUGGGCUGAGUUUGAAUUGUAUGCUGCUGAUCUUUUGGUUGGCAUUGUUGUUGACAUUGCUUUGGUUGGCAUGUUAGCACCUUAUGCUCGUAUAGGCAAGCGGUCAGUUUCCAGUGGUUUUCUUGGACGUGUGCAGCAUAUUUGUGGAGCUCUUCCCAGCAGUGUUUUUGAAGCUGAGAGACCAGGAAUCAAGUUUUCAUCACAGCAGCGGAUCGCAACAUACUUUUACAAGGGUGUAUUGUACGGCUCAGUUGGAUUCGGUUGUGGUCUUAUUGGCCAAGGCAUUGCAAAUAUGAUCAUGACGGCUAAACGGAGUAUAAAGAAGUCAGAAGAAGACAUACCUGUUCCCCCAUUGGUGAAAAGUGCUGCCCUAUGGGGUGUUUUCCUUGCGGUAUCUUCGAACACUCGUUACCAGAUUAUUAAUGGAUUGGAGCAUCUUGUAGAAGCUUCACCAUUGGGAAAACAGAUCCCACCUGUUGCCAUGGCUUUCACAGUGGGUGUAAGGUUUGCCAACAAUAUAUACGGUGGAAUGCAGUUUGUAGAUUGGGCUAAAUGGAGUGGAGUUCAAUAGUUGUUCUUAGCAGAAACUUUCAAUCGGCAUAUACAUAAUUCACUCAUUCAGAAUCGAGAAAGAAAUGCCCGUAAAGAAAAUGGGAAUGAAAGAAAUGAUGAGCAACAGCUCUAGCGAAGCUUUUAUUUCCAAUAUGGCUUUAUUUUGUAGCACUAGCUUGAGAGCUCAAUUUAUUUGUUGUGGGAACCUUCGACCCCGUGAUAGAAAGACUUCUUUGGUGAGGUACUUCUGAGUAGGAUAGUGAAGUUCGGUUUGAAAAUGCUCCAGGUUCGUUCUCUAUUAAGCUUAUGUUGGGACAUGUUCGCUGUACUGUAAUCUGUUACCCUAUGGUAUUCUUGUUCGGUAGGAAUUGCUUAAGAUAUAUUUUUGGUGGCAUUUAAUCCCCAUACGAUGAUUAUGUGUUUGUAGGUAUGCACAAGUGCUGUAAUAACUAGAAGAAGAGGACUUAAAAAAUGCAUAAUUACUUUAUUAUACAUUUGUCCA